AUGGCCGAGAAACUCGACACCCUCACAUCUUCGACCGACACCGGCUCGGGCCCCAAGGAGGCGGGCACCUCUGGUCCUCGCGCGAUCGUCAAAAACGUCGACAUGAGCGAGGAUAUGCAGCAGGAGAGCGUAGACAUUGCCUCCGCCGCCCUUGAAAAAUACAACAUCGAGAAGGAUAUUGCCGCACAGAUCAAGAAAGAGUUCGACAGACGUCACGGGCCCACCUGGCACGUCGUCGUGGGCAAGAACUUCGGGAGUUAUGUAACACACGAAACCAAGCACUUCAUUUACUUCUACAUCGGCUCGCUGGCCAUCCUCAUCUGGAAGUCAUAG